AUGAUGUUACUGCAUAACCUACCCAAACACUACCAAGAAAAUGAGGGACCUGCAGUCCUAUCAAGAACCUUCAAUUUGAAUGUAGUACUAACUCAAUUUCAAAUUCCUUAUUCCCGAGUGAGCCUCAAGUCCUCCAGUAUUCUCUCAUAUGAGAUUUUAUCUCUACUGUUAGCAGAAUCAGAGUUCAGGAAAUUCCUUCAUUGCUGCAAGCUUCCCUGAGGAGCAGAAAGGAAGCAUGGAGGAAUUGCUUUAUGUGUACUGCCAGAACAACUGAGAAAGGGGGAAAGAUCUCCAUGUACAUUUGUUAAUGGAUGUAUACCUUAUGGUAGUGGAGAAGACCCUCAGCUAACACAGCCUAGACACACACUUCUCACAUUUCACAGAGGCCUUCCUACUGAACAAUACUAUGAUGUCACUCAGGUGGCCAAAAAAAAAGAGAUGUCAGUGAAAUGUGAAAAUAAGGCAAUUUUCUUUCUUUCUUUCUUUCUUUCUUUCUUGCUUGCUUGCUUGCUUGCUUUCUUGCUUGCUUUCCUUUCUUUCUUUCUUGCUUUCCUUUCUUUCUUUCUUGCUUUCUUUCUCUCUUCUUUCUGUUCUUCUUCCUGGCAACUUAAACCAACCCAAAACCUUUGUGGCUACCAUUUUCCCCCAUCUCACCUCUACCCUACACACAUUCCUAGACACACCAUGUUCCCAAACUUCAGAUCACCUGAGGGUUGGGACACUGGGAUCAAUUCAAGCAGCCAUCUACCUUUCCAUCCCAGUUUCUCUAGCAAGACUUUUGACACGGUUGUUCUGAGGAAGACCAGAGAAUCUGACUACACCAGUGGUCGAGAAUACUAUAUAAACCAUCAUGAGGUGUUUGUUUAUAACCCCAGCAGCAUGAGACUUCCCAAGUUUGUAGAAGAAAAUGGUCAAAUAUGUUAUCCAAAUCCACCAAAGAUAGUGGCCCCCAGCCCCAUUUAAGAGCUCAAAUAUAACUUUUCUCCAAGAAUAACAAAUAUGCUACAAAACAUUGAAAGGGCCCUGAAGAUCACAACAUACACUCAGGUCUUCACAGGAAGAGUUCAAAUACAUCGUCUUAUCCUGGGUAAUUACAUAAAAGCAGUUUGCAGAUUGACUGGAAAACUAGGUGGAGACACAGAACUAAUAAAUACUGCAUUUACUAAGAAUCUCAUGCUUCCGCCACAGAGAAACAUUUCUGCGGGUCUGUCACAAGCGAGACCUCCCAAAGAGUGCACUGCACGCUUACUUCAAGGUGAACAUCCCCAUGAAUCAAUUCUGCAAGAAUAGUACUCAUUCAGAUUUGAAUCCCUUCCAAAAUCUGCAUGUUCACUUUCCUAUGAAGCCUUCAAGCCCAGAUAUUUGGAUUAACAUACAGUAUGGGAAAACCCAGUUAGCCUAAGUAAGCCUAGCUUGCCACUGGAUGCAAAGCAGGACGAAAGUGGAAUUUUGUUGCACAAACUUUGGCAUCAAGAAACAUGUCUGCCUGCAUGGAAACCAGAGGAUGGGCCAAAGGAGAUAACACUGCCUGAAUGGAUCCCUAGCUGUGAAGUUCCUCAGCACCAGACAGCACUGGUGGAGCUGCAACAUUCCUUCUCUAAGACAGCAGCACAAAAACACUUACAUGAUUCUCUAAAAGGAGAGAGAAAAACCUCAGAUACCACUACUGAGAGAAAGCAACACAGGAAUUAUGGUUUCAAUGCUUUCUUAUUUCUUUAA